UUGUUUAAAAAUUGUAGAUAUAUGCAAACUUGUAUAAUUUUUCCAGAAAGGCGUAAGUCAAAUUACAGCGAGGAAGCAUGGCGCCGUUAUCUUGAAUAUCAAAAGCAAUGGCGUAAAUACCGUCAAACAAAAACCAUAGCAACGGGACUUAAUAUUCCAGCGGAUAUGCAAUAUACAAAAGGAAUGGGAUUAUCAGAAGGAACGUCUAAAAUGAUCGGAACUAGUAAAAUUGAUCAAGAAGUUCGGGUUCCAAAUGCAAGUUUUUUAAUCUAA